AUGAGACCUCCCUGCCCUGGGCCCCGUGGACGCCACCACAGCACCGCCUCACCUGCAGAGUGGGCGUUCCCCACGGCCCUGCCCCGGAAGGCCCCUCUCAACACUCCUGGCACCCCAGUCCUGGAAGACUUCCCCCAAAAUGACGAUGAGAAGGAGAAGCUGCAGCGGCGGCGCUCCAGGGUCUUUGACCUGCAGUUCAGCACAGACUCCCCACGCUUGCUGGCCUCCCCGCAUUUGCUGGCCUCGCCCUCCGGCAGGAAUGUUGACGUUUCAGCUACAAUGCCCAAGUUUACAAACACACAGAUUACUGAACAUUACUCCACCUGUAUCAAACUGUCUACUGAAAAUAAAAUCACCACCAAGAAUGCUUUCGGCUUGCACUUGAUUGAUUUUAUGUCAGAGAUUCUUAAACAGAAAGAUGCUGAACCGACCAACUUUAAAGUAGCUGCUGGCACUUUGGAUGCCAGCACCAAGAUCUAUGCUGUGCGUGUAGAUGCCGUCCAUGCGGAUGUAUACAAAGUCCUAGGGGGGCUGGGCAAGGAUGCGCCACCUCCGGAAGAAGCAGAGGACCAUGGUACAGAUGGAAGUGCAACUGAAACAGGAACAGCCAAGAAGGCCCCAAAGCCAAGGAAGAAGCACUCGUGCAAAACCAUCGAGCAGAAUGUAAACAACCUCAAUGUCUCCAACGCUGAUCGGAAGUACGAGGUCGACCCCAUGUUCCAGAAGACAGCAGCCUCGUUUGACGAGUGCAGCACUGCAGGUGUGUUCCUCUCCACCCUCCACUGCCCAGACUACAGGAGCGAGCUGCUCUUCCCCACCGACAUCCAGACCCUCUCCAGCGGGGAGCCUCCUGAGCUGCCGGAUUUGGGCUGGGUGGAAGUGACCGAUUUAAAAGCGGCCCUGCAGCAGUGCGCGGAAGAUCGCCAAAUCUGCCCUUCCCUGGCCGGCUUCCAGUUCACUAAAUGGGACAGUGAAGCGCAUAAUGAGUCAGUGUCAGCCCUGGUGGACAAGUUUAAGAAGAACGACCAGGUGUUUGACCUCAACGCCGAGGUGGAGGACAGUGACUGUGAGGACUUCCCCAGCGGGCCCCUGGAGGACGACUUCGAUGCCAACGACGAAGCAGAGCAGACCGCAGCGGGGGACCGCACUGAGCUCGGGAGCUGGAAGGAGCCCCGCCAGGUUCAAAGCUGCCAAGACGAAGUGAUUCCCCUUGGGGACGGAGACAUUUGGACCUUGUGUCCCCUUCUGUCCAUGAAGCCUGGAGAGUAUUCCUACUUUAGCCCUCGCACCAUGUCGAUGUGGGCUGGCCCGGAUCACUGGCGCUUUAGACCUCGACACAAACAUGAUACUGCUUCACAAUCAGAGCAUAGAAAGAAGAGCUCGAAGGAUUUUAAAAUUGACUUUGACGACAAUAUUGACUUUGAUGUACAUUUUCGAAAAACAAAGGCUGUUACUGUUCUGACCAAGUUCACUUUGGAGAACCAGAGUUGGAGAGCCACUACUCUUCCUACAGAUUUCCAGUAUGAGACUAAAGAUCUGGUCCAGCUGCAUCUCAAACCAGGCACCAGGUUAAUGAAUGUGGCCCAAGGCCAGAAGGCAGGGACCGAGCAUUAUGAAGAAAUUGGAGACUAUGAUUACAACAACCCUAACGACACCUCCAACUUCUGCCCUGGGUUACAGGCCGCUGACAGCGAUUAUGAAGAGUCCGAUGACUUGUUUGUGGGACCAGCUGGAACCCUUGACCAUUCUGAUCAUCCGUCUGCGACAACACAAGACAACGGUGAGGCAUCUAAAGUCCACGGACCGGACAUCACCACUUACGGGGAGUCAAACCUGGUAGCUGAGCCUCAGAAGGUAAAUAAAAUUGAAAUUCAGUAUGCCAAGACUGCCAAAAAGAUGGACAUGAAGAAGUUGAAGCAGAGCAUGUGGAGUCUGCUGACGGAGAUCCCCAAGCAGGCAGAUGCAGAGGUAAACCACAGUGAGAAUGGAGAAGCAGGACCCUUUGAGGAGGGGGCUGACAAGAAACUCAGCAGUCUCACAAAGGACCUGCAGAAGAGCCUGCCUCCCCUUAUGGCUCAGAACCUCUCCAUACCUCUGGCCUUUGCGUGUCUCCUACAUUUAGCCAAUGAAAAGAAUCUGAAGCUGGAAGGAACCAAGGAUCUUUCGGAUGUUCUGGUGUGGCAGGAGGACCGAGCUCGUGGGGGGCGGUCCUCGCUCCCACAGUGA